CAGGUUGCAUUCAAACCAGUGGCUGCUGCAGCAAGCCUAGUUACAUAGCCGUCAGCUCUACCAGGUGAGCUAGCAGGAUAUCCCCAGAGCAAGAUUUCAUUACUAACUAUAUAUACAGAAAAAACCUAUUAUAGUCUAAAAGUUGCUAUAUUUAUGAAUAUGGAUAUUGAUUUAACUAUUCUGUGCUGGAUAGUUGCUUGAGCUGCGUACUCACUCAACCCUGUAUGUUACAUAGGCCUAUUAAAAAAUAUAUUUUAUUGUUUGCUUUAUUUUGCCAUUUUUUUGUUGACUUAAUCUGUCUUGACAUUGUUUCUGCAGAUACGUUCAGAAGAUGAAGAGUUUUAAAUGUGUGCUUUGCUUUCCUAUUGCACUCUGUGUUCUCUACUUCACAUCUCCAUCUUUGCAACUUUUAAUAGGCCUGCUACCUAUGGACAAAUGCUCUUUGAAAAGUGCAAUGAUGCUCUCUCUGGACAACAGCGUGGAUGCGAGCCUUGAUCUUGGGUCAAGACGUGACGUGCAAACAUGCACAUCUUGGGGAGCUCCCAUUAUCUGGGAUGGGAUGUUUGACCCUGAUCUUUAUGACCAGAUGCACAAGAGGGAAGGAUCCUCUGUGGCUCUAACAGUGUUUGCUGUGGGAAGGUACCUGGAUGCUUACCUCAGCACCUUCCUGAACUCAUCAGAGCGUCACUUCAUGGUGGGUUUGCCCGUCACGUAUUACAUAUUUACGGACAACCCAGAGAAGAUGCCGGACAUAAAGCUCGCCCCUCAGAGAAGCAUAAAGGUUAUCAAAGUGGAGAGGCAGGACAGGUGGCAGGACAUCUCUAUGAUGCGAAUGAAGGCGAUAUCAGGUGUCAUAGAGUCAGACAUUCGCCACCGCUGUACUCAUGUCUUCUGCUUUGAUGUGGACCAGGUGUUUACUGGGAGAUUUGGCUCGGAGGCUCUGGGAGAUUCUGUGGCUCUGCUGCAUGCAUACUACUACCACCUUUCAAAGAAGUGGUAUACCUACGACCGCAACCCAAAGUCCAAGGCAUUCAUGGAAAAUGGGGAUUUCUACUACCACGCUGCUGUGUUUGGAGGCUCGUGGAGGAGUGUAAAAGCGCUGACUGAGGCCUGCUAUCAGAGCAUCAUGGAGGAUAAAGAGAACGGUGUGGAGGCAUUGUGGCACGACGAGAGUCAUCUCAACAAGUACAUGUGGCUUCAUAAACCAAGCAGGGUGCUCUCUCCGGAGUACUGCUGGGACACCAGUAUCGGCUACAGGAGCGACAUACGAGUCUCUCGAUUACUGUGGGCACCAAAACAUUAUGAUUCACUCCGUACAAAUUAGCAAGGUUUGGAAUUGGUGAAAAAUCAACAACUAUGCUUAAAACUAUGACAAACUGAACUCUCUCAGGUUUUCAGAGCAGUGAUUUGCUCAUGUGCAAAUGUGUAUUUUCCUAAUGGAGUGACAUUCACCGCCUCCCCUUGUAGAUAAUUGUAAAAGUUAAUCUAUGCAAAUGCUGCCUUUGCUCCAUUGUCAAUUUAUGUGUACAAAACAUACUGUCAGUGGUACAAAGAUGUGUAAACACAAAAUACUUUAUUAACUAAAUGUAAGUGUACUGAAAAGUAUCACAGAAGCUUUUUUUAAUCAUUUUAUUUCUCCCUCUUUUUGUAAAAUACAGGUUAGUUUUUCAAAGUUACAUAACACUAAUCAGCCCUAACAGGCUAUGACAGGUAAAGUAAAUAACACUGAUUAUCUGGUUAUCAUGGCUCCUGUCAGUGGGUGGGAAAUAUUAGGCAGCAAGUAAACAUUUUGUCCUUGUUGAUGUGUUAGAAACAGGAAAAAGGAAAAAUGGGCAGUGUAAGGAUUUUAGCAACUUUGACAAGGGACAAAUUGUGAUGGCUAGAUGACUGGGUCAGAGCAUCUCCAAAACUGCAGCUCUUGUGGGGUAUUCCCGGUCUGCAGCGGUCGGUACCUAUCAAAAGUGGUCCAAGGAAGGAAAAGAGGUAAACAGGAGACAGGGUCAUGAGGGGCCAAGGCUUAUUGAUGCAUGUGGGGAGCGAAGGCUGGCCUGUGUGGUCCGAUCCA